AUGAAGCUCGGGUUACUGGCGUUAGCGAUAGUAGGGCUGGUCAAAGCAGCUCCAGCGCCUCCAAGCGCGGCGUCGUUCUACGUAAAGCACAUCCCGGACUUAAAUCCGCAACACACCGAUGAUCAUCCUUUACAUGUAUACGCUGGUCACUUACCCUCCGACCCCAAACCGCCUAGUGCAGAGCACUCGAAAGAUGUCCAAGCUCAUCUGUAUUUCGUCUACACCAAGGCUCGGCGCACUGCUGAUCGGGAGCGUGUUAUAUUCUGGUUUAACGGUGGGCCAGGAUGCUCCUCGUUUGAUGGACUUAUGAUGGAAGUCGGGCCCUGGAGGGUUGAUGGCAAAGGCGGGUUGAAACUUAUUGAAAAUGGAUGGGAGGAGUAUACACAUGUGGUAUACGUCGAUCAGCCCCCUGGUACUGGCUUUUCGUACACCAGUACAGAUAAAUAUUUGCAUGAAUUGGAUGAGGCUGCCUCACAUGUGGUCCAAUUCAUGAAAAACUUUUAUGCAGUAUUCCCGGAGCUCGAAGAGAUGGAUACUUACCUAUCAGGCGAAUCCUUUGCUGGUCAAUACAUACCCUACAUCGCCGACGCCUUACUCAAAACCUCUUCCCCCUCUUCCCCCUUGCGUGGGAUCGCCAUCGGUAAUGGAUGGAUCGACGGACGCAACCAGUACCCCGCCUAUGUUGAUUUUGCAGUCGACAAGGGUCUCAUCAAACGUGACUCAAAAGAGUUUGGCAACAUUCAGAAGACAAUGGAUAAAUGUUGGAAAGCGCUUAAUUCGACCAAGUCGCAUGUAAACAUUGGCGACUGCGAAACUGUCAUGAAUAGUGUGACGGAUGCAUUGAUUACUUCCGUAAACGGCAAGAAAAUGUGUUUAAACGUGUAUGAUAUCCGGCUUUCAGACGAGUACCCGGCUUGCGGAAUGAACUGGCCCCCGGACCUCAAAGAUGUAUACACUUACUUGCGCCGGAAGGACGUGACCUCGGCGUUGCACGCAACUGCAAAGGCUGAAGCAUGGACCGAAUGUCGAGGCUCUGUUGGGCAGGCAUUCUAUACGAAAACGUCCCCAUCGUCCGUGACUCUCCUUCCAGGACUCCUUGAACGCGGCGUGCGUAUUUUGUUAUUCAGCGGCGAUCAAGAUUAUAUAUGCAACUACCUCGGCACUGAACGUUUGAUCGCUGAUUUGUCGUGGAGUGGAGGGAAAGGGAUGGGCAAUGUGACAUCUGCUGGGUGGAGCGUAAACGGCACUGAGGCUGGGUGGUGGCAAGAGUCAAGAAAUUUGACAUACGUCAAGGUAGCAGGCGCAUCACACAUGGUUCCCUACGACGUACCUCUGGCUGCGCACGAUAUGAUUCUUCGUUUUAUGGAGGUCGAUUUUGCGAAACUUUCAGGAGGAAGCGCAACUCUUGUUUCGUCCAAAGUGGGAGACGAGGUCAAGCCUAUUUCGGCCGGCUUGGAGCCUGGGAAGAACGCGACAGACGAAGGAACCGAUAAAGGAAAAACUAACACAGAGCAGGAUAAGGCAAUGUGGGAAGCGUACUACAAUGCAGGCUCGGCAGCGCUCAUCCUAGUCAUUAUCCUCGUUUUUAUCGGGUUGUUUUUGUUUUGGCGCUCAAGACGCUCCGCAAAACUCGGUCGGGUAAAUUUGCCGACUGAGCAGGACCAAGAAGAACGAAUACCCUUGUCUACUAAUGUGGGUGCUGCAGUGUCGCGUGAUGAUUUCGGCCAAGACCGAGAUAGGCGAGGCGAGAGCGAGCCAAUAUUUGAUGUGGGUGAUGAUAGUGGGAGUGAAGAUGGGGAUAAGAGGCGGAGGUAG